UCUCAUUCUACAAGUCCUUUUCUCACAACAUCUCCUACCAUUACUCUCCCACUUCUUAUAGAUAAUAAAACCAAUACAUUUCCUUCUCUUUGAACAAUCUUUUUCCAUUUAUUCUCAGUCUCUCUUGUAUACCUGCCCGCAACUACAUUUCCACUUCCUUUUUUGGGAAGUUCUUUCGGAAAAUCUACUACUUCAAUUCGUAAAUCUAUAGAGAUACAGAGGCAGAUAAUACAUAUCUACUAAGAUGAUAUCAGUUGGUAUGUGCAUUGGAGCUUUUCUUGUUAUAGUCAUUAUACAUUGGGUUUACAACUGGAGGAAUCCCAGAUGCAAUGGAAAACUCCCACCAGGUUCAAUGGGCUGGCCGUUACUUGGCGAGACGAUUCAGUUCUUUGCCCCAAAUAAAACAUCAGAUAUUGCUCCCUUUGUGAAGGAGAGGAUGCAAAGGUAUGGACCGAUUUUUAAAACGAGUGUGGUGGGGCGUCCUGUUAUAGUAUCUACAGACCCGGACCUUAAUUACUUCAUCUUUCAGCAAGAGGGACAGUUGUUUCAGAGCUGGUAUCCAGAUACAUUUACUGAGAUAUUUGGAAGGCAAAAUGUAGGUUCCUUGCAUGGUUUCAUGUACAAGUACUUGAAGAACAUGGUAUUAAACCUUUUUGGUCCUGAAAGUCUGAAAAAGAUGAUGCCUGAGGUUGAAGAGGCAGCACAAACUAAAUUGAAGAGGUGGUCAGGUCAGACAAGCGUAGAGAUGAAGGAAGCAACUGCCACUAUGAUAUUUGAUCUAACUGCAAAAAAGCUAAUCAGCUAUGAUUCUGAGAACUCAUCAGAGAAUCUGCGAGAAAGUUUUGUAGCUUUUAUACAGGGAUUGAUUUCCUUUCCUAUUGACAUUCCCGGAACUGCCUAUCACAAGUGCUUACAGGGAAGAAAGAAGGCAAUGAAGAUGCUAAAGACACUGCUACAGGAAAGAAGAGCAAAGCCUAGGAAGGAACAAAGUGAUUUCUUUGAUUAUGUCGUAGAAGAACUUCAAAGGAAGGACACAAUCCUCACAGAGGCAAUAGCUCUGGAUUUGAUGUUUGUACUGCUCUUUGCCAGCUUCGAGACCACCUCUCUAGCUAUAACUUUAGCUGUUAAACUUCUGCACGACCAUCCUUUGGCUUUAAAAGAAUUAACAAAGGAACAUGAGGCAAUAAUUAGAGCAAGGGAAAACCCAGCUUCUGGACUUACAUGGAAAGAAUAUAAAUCAAUGAAAUUUACAUUUCAGGUUAUUAAUGAAACAGUCAGACUGGCAAAUAUUGUUCCUGCUAUUUUCCGGAAAGCACUAAGAGAUAUCAACUUCAAAGGGCAUACCAUUCCAGCUGGUUGGGCGGUUAUGGUUUGUCCUCCAGCCGUACACUUAAACCCUGACAAAUAUCAAGAUCCCCUUGACUUCAAUCCAUGGAGAUGGGAGGGAGUAGAAAUAAAUGGUGCAUCUCGAAAUUUCAUGGCUUUUGGAGGUGGUAUGAGAUUUUGUGUUGGCACAGAUUUCACUAAGGUGCAGAUGGCUGUCUUUCUCCACUCUCUCGUGACCAAAUACAGGUGGCAAACAAUUGAAGGAGGAGACACAGUGCGGACUCCUGGUUUACAGUUUCCCAACGGUUACCACGUUAAAAUCUCAGAGAAAGAUGAGAAGAUUCAAUAGCCAACACGCAAUAGAUGGGAUAG